AUGACAACAACAAUUAGCUGUUCUCCAAGUUUGGCUGAUAUGCGAGCACUUCAAGCUGAUAAUUUGGAUCGUCUUCGAGAUACACUUCAACAAGUUAAUAUUCGAGAUGUUGUUCCACUUUUAGUUGCUCGAAAUGUUCUUCGAACUUAUGAAAUGGGAGCAUUGUAUGCUAAAGUUAGUUUUUUUUGUUAUUUUUUAGUUAUAAAACUAUAAUGUUAUUAACUAUUAGUAAUAUUACCAAGUUUUGAGUUCCAUUGAUUUUCCAAAUAAUUGAAAUAAUCUCUUUGGCUCGCACUUUGAAUUAUAUCAAUUCUUGGAUUCACUUGAUUUUUAAUAAAACAUCCAAAAAUUGAUUUUCUCAGUUUCUUAUUUCUCAUCAAAAUUCCAAUUGUUAAUGAGAUUAUGAAAAAGUCCAAGCCAAUAUUAUAAGUGAUAAAAGAUUCAGCUAAAGUUAUAUGUGAAACUUGAAAAUAUUCUGAUAAAAUAACAUUUGACAUUGCCACAAAUCGAAAUAUUUUCGCAAUUAUCACACUUGGAAUAAUACUUUUCGACCAAAUAUAAACUUGUGAUAAUUGAAAUUUGAUUUCCAAUGGGCUUCCUUGAUUUUUCUGUUUUCUUUUUGAAAUUCUAGAUGUUGUAAUCAAUAAAAUAACUCCCAAAAUAUCAAUUAUCAAAAUAAUUCGUGCACUUAGUGCUCGAUAAAAAUCAAAAUAAUUUGAAAAAUAUAUCAUGUACGCCAAAAAAUUGGAGGUAGAAAUAAAAGAUAUUGAAACUAGACAAAAUAAUAUAUCACUCCAAAAAGUUUCGAAAAUAAAAAAAGUUAGAAAUUGAAAAAUUGAGAGCAAAAAAACAGAAAGGGUUUGUAAAAACAAACCAAGUUCGUGGAAAUACAUUAAAGAAUAUAUUUCUGGAAACAAAAAUCAUUCUUUUUGGAGUAUUGGUUUCAAAGCAAACCUGUCAAAUUCACAUAUUUUUCAGAAAAUGAACUUCCAAUACUGUUAAACAUUAUUAUAGUUUUUAUAAGAUGUGUUAUACAAAUUAUGAUAGAUGAAAUUGAAAUAAAUAACAUCGAAAUUCUCCAUUUCAAUUGUAAUUCUUUCGAAAUUUUGAUAAUGAAAAGAAACAAAAAAUUAGCUGGAAUUGAAGCCAGACAAACUGAAAAUUCGAGAAAAUUCAAAAAAUCGAAUAUCAUCUCUAGCUAUUUCUGUCUUAAAAUGAUUCUGUUUUUUGUCAAGACUAGUUAGACUUUGAGUCUCUUAGGAAUCCAUUUUUCUGCUAACUGUAACCCAUUAAUUGGUUUUUCUUUUUCUUCAAAAACACAUUAUUCCAUUUCCUGCGUUUAUCUACAUCUUAAAUCUUGCCUUUGCUCAAAUGGCAAAACAAUGUUCCUUCCUUUUUUUCGCCUAAUUAAAUAAAAUAUAAUUAGAAGCAAUAAUAAACACACACAAAGCAAAAAAAGCAGCUGCUCCUCAUAAAUUCAAAAAACGUCAUAUUUUUUUCAGAAUUCGUCUGAAGAACAAGUCGAUGCUUUGAUCGAUCUUCUUAAAACAAAAAAUCAUUGGGUUGGACCAUUAACCGAUGCUUUGAUUCGCAAUGGAAAAGCGCCAAUUGCCACUAUUUUGCUAGAAAUUCAAAAAUCCUAA